GCCAUUUUUAAUUUUAUCGGAAUGGUUAGACGGGCGCAAAAUAGUGAAUUUUAUUCCUCUAAAUACGUCAAUAAUCAAUCAAGUAAAACUGAAAGCGCGAGGUCUACAAAUUUUGAAAGACACAAUAUUCGGGUUAGUCAAAAAUGAAGAUAUAUUUUUGCGGAAGUAUCAGAGCAGGACGUCAAGAUGCAGAUUUGUACGGCCGUCUAAUUAAUCAGCUUCAAGCCUAUGGCACUGUUUUGACUGAGCAUGUGGGCUCAAAGCAACUUGAUGAUUCUGAGAAAACAAUGACAGAUAAAGCUAUACAUGAUAGAGAUGUUGAUUGGCUGACAAGUUGUGAUGUUGUUGUUGCUGAGGUAACCCAGCCAUCACUAGGUGUAGGCUAUGAAAUUGGUAGAGCUGUUGCCAUGAAUAAGAAGAUACUGUGUUUGUUCCGACCAUCUCCAGAUAAACGUUUAUCAGCCAUGAUAUCUGGUGCAGAUAAUGGAACAAGUUUUAUUGCAAAGAACUACAAAGAGGAAGAUGCUGCUAACAUAUUCAGAGAAUUUUUGUCAUAGUGUAUGUCUGUAGCAGGUCUACAGAGUUUUUAAAACUGCCUACUUUAACUUACUAUGGUGCUUUGUUUAUAGAUAAAACUGCCUACUUUAACUUACUAUGGUGCUUUGUUUAUAGAAACAUACCAUUGGAUAUUAACCGGUAAAUAAUAAAUGUAUAUCAUAUUCAUAACGCAUUCAGAAUCAACUUAAAAGUUGAACCAUUCUUUUCCUGCCAGGCCAGUGUAAAAAGUACUUGAAAUAGCAGUUUGUCUCUUAUUAAAGACUAAGAAAAUUCA